AAAUGGAUGUUUUAAAUGAGCUAUACCGGAUGAUACAGUAUCCAAAGUUAAGUUUGUAUUUAGUGUAAGAUAAGGUACACUUGUUUGGUCUGAUAAACAGCUCUGUUUUACAGAAAUUUUGGGAGAACGUGUAAUUAAGUAAACGUGUGUGUGUGUGUGUGGACAGGGGAAGUUUGGGAGUUGAGUGGGUGUAAAAAGGCUUAAUCCCCUCUAGCAGAGAGAGAGAGAGAGACAGACAGGGAGAGAGUGUGUGUGAGAGUAAGUCACAGAGAGAGAGAGAGAGAGAGAGAGAGAGAGAGAGAGAGAGAGAGAGAGAGAGAUCAUAGUUAGCUCCUCCAGUGUAGUAGUAGAUUCUCUCUCUCUCUGGUCAGCAUGGCUGCUGUGUUGUGGUCGCUGCCCCUGGCUCUGCUGCUGCUGCUGCUGGGUUCUCCUCCUCGGUGCUCCGCGGUGUAUGACGGUCCUCUCCAGGCGGAGAUCUCCAACGGGACCUUCCACCACUUCUUCGUGCCGGACGGAGACUACGAGGAGACGGAGGACCCGGAGAAGUGCCAGAUGCUGUUUAAGUGGCUGGACCGGAGACCGUGCGGCGAGGAGGAGGACCGGGACACGGCGGUCCGCCACGACUUCAUCCUCCUGAAGCAGCAAGUGGAGGACUCGGCCCGCGUGCUGGAGAGCCUGGGCAGGACCAUCUCCCACGACCUGGACGGAGAGGACACGUACGGGACGUACCUGCGGAAGGAGCUGGACCAGAUCUCGGAGGCGUUCUCCGGCGUGGAGAAGUCUCUGCUGGAGCUGGAGGUGAAGUUCAAGCAGGGCGAGGACGCCGAGCACAGAGAGGAGCAGGAGUUCACCAAGAACUUCGUGAGCCCGGUGAACAGCGUCAGACAGACCCUGCAGGACACCCAGCUCAUCUCCACCGGUCUCAGGGACAAGCACGAGCUCAUCUCGCUCAUCGUCCGCAGCCACGGCACGAGACUGAGCCGCCUCAAACACGAGUACCUCAACCUUUAACCUCCACCACUGUCUUCACCAGCUCAGACCUUCAGCUGAGACCUCUGAGAGACCUUACACCUGGAUAAAGAGUCUUCUGUGGAAAACUGACUGAAGCUGGUUCAGCUGGUUGACCAGCUUAGAUUUAGACUAAUAUUGGGUAUGUUUUCAUUUGGUUUAAUGGUUUAGCUGGUCUGGACUUAAAAAGACCUAACUUGUCCAUAAGUAUGACCAGCAAGACCACUCCUGAUGAUCAUCAGCAUGAUCAAAAUCAAAUGGAGCAUACAUUUAGCUGCCAAGACCUGUGUAACUAUCUAUCUUACCAGUAAAAGUGUGUUUUACCUGGAUUAUCAGCUUUUUAACCACCUUGACCAUCAAAUAUUAGCUUAUACCAUCCAAAAACAGCUACCAGAAAUAGCUGGUUGACCAGCAUGAACAGCAUAACCACCCUGCUAAAAUAUCCAGUUUAAGACCGUCCAAAGAAAACAUACCCUAUGCUUGUCAAGAGCUAGUAAGGAGCUAAACUACCAGCAUAGAGUACAUUUUCUCUGGAUAAUCAGCUGGUCCUGAGCUGGAAUUGUUACCAGGGCAGCAACACCUAGCUGGUCCACAAGCAUGACCAGCAAGACCACUCUGGAUGACCACCAACAAGCCCAAAAUCUCUAAAUGCAGCAUACACUAUGCUGGUCAAAAGCUACGUGACAAGCUAUCUUACCAGUAAAGGGUAUUUUUUCACGUGGAUUACCAGCUUUUCUACCACCUUAACCAUCAAACUCCAGCAAAAGCUGGUCUUGAACUGGAUUUUUCAGCAAAGUAGUGAGUAGCUACCAAAACACUGUCCAAGAUCAGCUCUAGAAGACUUCUCCUGGACACAGAUGGACCAAGUACUGUGUAAAAAAGCUAUGCAGUUGUAUGCAGGUCAUAUGCAAAAGUUCAGGCACUUCUGUUAAAAUAUAAGGUUAUAUGAAUGAGUGAGAACAAGUUACAAGAGCCGCCAAAUCUAAAUAUGAAAUUUGUUCUGUUUCAAUUUUUUUGUCAUUUUGGAGAAUUUUAAUGGUCCUUUAUCAUAGUAGGGGUAAAUAAUGAUGCAUAACAGAGAAAGCUUUUUAUAUACAUUUGUAAGGAAGCAAAAUGUGUAGAAGUGUGUAACUUAUUUUUACUAAACAAAAUGUAAGUUGACCAGAGUUGCCCACAUUUUGCGAACACCGGCAUUUCAUUAAUAACGGACUUGAAAAAUGCUACUUUUUGUUUCUUUUGAAAAUCAUAUAUGGAGUACAGAAGCUACUACAUUAAGGGCAUCAUAAGGCUGGUCCUGCAGUCAGUGUAAACUGUUGCUACUGUCCUUUUUAUUAUUAUUAUUAUUGUUAUUUUUUGUCUCUGACUGAGGUAGAACAAAGUUUUGAAUACUUUUAAUAAGUUUGUGAAUUCCUAUACUACAGCAUCUUUGUAUGUUUUAAUUUGGUCUAAUUUGUUAUGUCCCAGAUGACUUAACUGUACUCUUUAAAAAAUAAGAUUGCCAUUUCCAAAUUCAUAUCCAUGGUGUAUUUAUUUAAUCCAAUAAGAUUAGUAAGGAUUUGGUUCCCAGAUCGCUUAUUUAUGAGUCAGAGGAGGAGCUGAAGCUGAGCAGUGUUCAGGAGGUUGGUUCAGAGAAGGCAUUUCCUGUGCCAGGGAACAGUAGGUCUCUUUCCUCUUCUCCAAACCGCCAUGUGGAGGAAUAAUCACGCUCCAUGCAUUGGUAUGUAAAGAAAACGACCCAUUCUUCCCUUUUCCAACCUCACGAGAGCCUCAGGAGAUUCCUCUAGCAGACAUCUCUCCUGUGAGAUUGUUAAACCUAUCCUGUGUACCUAAUCAUUAAACAUAACAUGCACUGUUCCAUUUCACCAGACUCUUAAAGAGGACUUCAGAGAUUAAGAUGUGAGCAAAGUUGUUACAGUGGUUUCACAAUGUGGAAUGCUUUAUUCUAGAUAAAAGUAACCAUGUCAAAAUUGUUUACAGUGGUGGUGGUGAUAUGAAACAGACGUCUGAAGAGUUUUAAUGCCUUUAAAGGUCGACUGUCAGAUUUAACACUAUUAUAGUUUGUAAUAAUUAUUGUAUGAUUAGUUGAUUAAUCUAAUGAUAUAAGAUAUACAAGAUACGAUAAGAGAUCAGAUGUAAAAUGGUUUAAUAAGCUGAUAAUUGUAAAUAUAACAAUGUGGAUUAAGAACAACAAUGCAAGAGCUUCCAAAACAGACAUGAGAGGACCUAAAUUAUAAACCUCAUGCAGAAACAAUGCCAACAGCUAGGCUUAAACAGAUAUAUAAGGCAAAAAAAACAGGUAAAGGUGAUCAGCAGGAGCAGGAGAACAGUCUUUGAUUCGUAAAGAUAGAUGACAUCAUGAGGGGUGGAAUAUGGAAAAUUUAGUGGAGGCAGAAUGUGUGACAACAAAGACAGCAAAAAAUAUUCUGCAACAAAAAUACCUCAGUGAUAAACAGCAACCAUUUACCUGAAGUGGAGUUAAACUUUAUCGUAACAAUGAUUUACAGUCUGUAGCAACAGCCUUUUAGGUUACAUUUUCUCACUCGUACAUGACCAGUAAAGUAAACAGAGCAAUAUAAAAUGGCAAAACAACAAUGUUAGAAAAUACAUAGGUCAAAGUUACAUUAUCCUAACAACAGUGAUCCAGAAAUGACUUUUAACAUGGGGAUUCGUUUCUCAGGAGGUCCUGGAGUAAUUUUCUCUUUUAUGGGGGUCCUCUGAGAUCUAAUUCCCAUCUGGAACGACCAUGCAUGCGUUUUUCUGAGGUCCUCUGAGAAAAUUACAGUCUAAGUUACCUACUGUUUUUCAAGGAACUCUGUGGUCCUCCGGUCUUGUCCGGACGCACAUCUCUGACUUUAAUCACCUUGCGUUUAACAAAAUAACUAUUUGUCCGCUGCCAGGCACCGUAACUACACUUUGGGCACGCGUUUUCACGGAGAUCCACGUGAACACAACAGCGAGUGGAAAAGGAGGAGCUUCUAAACGUGAUGUCAUGUGACCGAGAAAGCCAAAAAACUCCUGUCCUCCUGUUUUUUUCAAUUGCACUCCUGAUGCAAGAGUUUUAUCACUGAGUAAAGGGUGUAAAAUAUAUUUUAAACAGACGUCCCUAAACAUUCCUGUCUGGAUAGGGCUUAUGCUGGUAGGUUAGCACAUUAACUAGCUCUUGACCAGCAUAGAGUAUGUUUUUCUGGAUGACCAGUUGGUAUUUAGCUGGAUGUUUUAGCAGGGUGUGCUUCAUGUUCUGGUGUAUAACUGUUGUUGAGCAGUUCACUCUCCAUGCCUGCCAAACUUUACACUUCUAUACUUGAUUUACCACCUUAAUAAAUUCACUUGUAAUAUUGUUACACUAUUCAGUGUGGUGGUUUGAAGUUUGGGAUGCAUCCCAUUUUCAGUGGCACUUUGCAACGAUCAACACACAUUAUAAAGAUUGAUAUGCAAUAUUUCUGUUAUCGUUGAUGUUAAUUAUGUUCACGACUCAUCCCACCCUUAGUCAUAGACAAAAUGGCUAGCUAUUAUCUUACUGCAGACAUCAUUCAACUUCUGCUUUCAAUCACCACCAAUGUUAAAAAAUUGGCAAGUUCCUCUGCAAUUCACAUCAAACAGCUCUGAAUUACUUCAUUUUACAUCUCAACUACGACAUUAUGCAGAAAUGUAGAAGAAAAAGAGUUAAAUUAUCUUUUAAGUGUUCACUGGAACAUUUGAGCGUUUGAGGCUGUAGUAUCAUUUCAGCCACUAAGCACAAUAAUAAUAACGUGCAUAUGCCUACUCAUAUUCCCUCAGGGGAAGAACGCAGCCUUUCCUGUUAAUCUAUCCUCCGAGGUUGAGUCUGGAAGCUUGGAAGCAGUAGGAGAGUGAAUUUGCUAACUGCCUAAUGUUAGCAGAUCUGGCUCCUAUUCAGCAGGCGGCUUGAGUACGUCCAUCUGGAUCCAGUUUCGGGUUGUUCAGCGGAAACAAAAAAAAAGAAAAGAAAUAUGUUUGGGUUCAUUGCUUUCAGCAUCAAAGGUGCCUCUUGCAUGCCUUUCAAAUUUGAAUCUACGGGAGCGAGAAGUGGCCAAGCCAAACUGAUGUGUUGAUUUUGGUAGACGUGGGAAACUCACACGCUCUGUAGUAGGAUAUGCAGUGUGGCCUCAUCAUUCUGUCUGUAAUUUAACAGCCAGAUUAAGUCAAAGUGUGUUGGCAUAUUAGCUGCUCAGACUUGGUAAUUAAGGCUGUGUGCCAGUCGUAUAAUACACACCAGGAGUAUUACCGUAGGUUUAAACUAAAUGAUAAUCUUCAUAGUGGGAUCUGACAGGUUAGUACACAAAAUAUUAAUGACCAACCUGUGUUGUACUAACACUGAAGUGUUGGUGCUACAUAUACAUGCAUGCUGCAUUGUCCAAAAUGUUUUUUUCUAAUACUGUCUCUGUGUCUUAGCUAGUAGUUGAAGGUAGGGAGUUGCUGAAUGAUGUCCGAAUCAAAUGUUGUAUAAAAUGCUGCUUGCUAAA